AUGAAAAGUAUAACAGAUUUUCCACCGGAUCGACAAAAUUUCAAAGCUGCUAUUGAAGAUAAUAUUGGAUCAUGUAUUAUUGGAUUAUUAUCAUUUUUAUCCUUAAUAUCAGCAAUUAGUUGGCCUUAUAUUAAAAUGAAUAGAAUUUUAUCGGAACAUUUAAUUGAUAUGACAUCAUUUAAUGAUUAUCUUGUUGUUAAUAUAUUUGUAUUUGCAUCAUAUACAUUACAAUAUAUGUUAACAGCUGGAAUAUUAGAAUAUACAAAUCCACGAGGUUUUAAAUCAGAUUUAUUAACUAUUGAACAACGACAACAACGAAAAAGACAAGUACGAAAAGAAUUACUAUUAAGCACUGGUGCUAUGUUUGGGAAUACAACAUAUGCUGUAGGAUGGAUGUAUUUUAUUGAACCAUAUCUAUGGACAACAAAUUAUUUUGUUAAUAAUAAAUAUACAUUAUUAUGGUUAAUUUUAAAUGCUCUUGUCUAUGGUUUUAUAUUUGAUUCAUGGUUUUAUUGGACACAUCGUGCAUUACAUGAAUCACAAUAUUUAUGGGAUAAAAUUCAUACAACUCAUCAUGCUUUUAAAUAUCCAUCAGCUUUUUGUCAAGAUGCUGUUCAUCCAUUAGAAGGUCUUGUGCAAGGUCCGGUGGGUCAUUAUUUAACGGCACUUGUUAUACCUGUUCAUCCUAUUGCAUUAGCAUUUUUUGGUUUAUUUACUUCAUGUUUUGCUAUUGCUGCUCAUGAUGGACGUUUAGGAGAUUUAAAUCAUCAUUAUGCUCAUCAUAAUAAAGGUAAAGGUCGUUUACACAAUUUUAAUUAUGGUCUCUAUUGGCCACUAUGGGAUCUAAUAUGCGGAACUCGUUAUCGUGAUCGUCCUGAUACAAAUGAUGUCAAUCAUUCACCGAAGAUAAAAGAGUAUACAAAGACAAAGUUCACAUGA